AUGGUAAGAUUGGUUAUCAACACCGACAAAGAAAUCUUUAGAGAUAGUGUUUCGGGUGUUGUAGAGGUUAUCCCUAAUAGUUGUGUCUCGGAAGACAAGGAGUUUAGAGGCUUCGUUGUGCUGACGGCGUGCGUAUUCAUAAAUUCAUAUUCGAAUCUAUUUGCAAAGAGACGUAUCACCUUUUAUGAGGAAAAGAAAGAAUUGUUGCUAUCCACCCGAGCAGGAUCUCCCUUUAAGUUCAAUUUACGUUCAGAAUCUGAAAAGCUCAAUUUUCAAUUUCCAGAUAGUUAUCUCGGGUUUGGUGUGGAGGUUCGUUACACUUUGAAAGCAUUCACAAAAAUGCUUAUCCCAAGAAAUGUAACCUACCGAGCUAUCGAAGUGAAGAGUUUUGGCAUGCCAUCUCCCCUUCCCUUAACGUUGACUAUUAGCGAAGAGGAUAUACAGAUGGUAGAGCGUCCCUCUUGCUCCAGCAAGAGUGAUUUUUGUCCUAUUGUGAAUAUUACGUGUAAUCUUUCGACAACGGAAGUGAAUUUCAUGGACGGAGUGCGCGGGACCAUUUGUAUCAAUCAGUGUUCCCCGAACAUUAAAAACAUCUCCGUAGGUCUGGUCCAGAACGAGGAAAUUGGUAUGGAAAUCGCUUGUUUUCGUUAUUUCUAG